UACCCAACUCCCUCCCUCCUUCCCUCCCCAAGAAUAAUAUAGCAGUAGAAAGAUAUAUUCUAGAGAGAAAGCGAUGGCGGAACACCCUGAGAAGAAGCCCUAUCUCACGCUGUCCCCCGGCUUCGGUGGGACGGAGGAGGAGAUCACCGCCGUCCAUCAGGAGUCCCUUCAUCAGAUCUCCGCCGCCACUCACCUGCCCGAACCACCGGUGGCGGAAGCGCCGGAGGAGGAGGAAGACGGAGACGAUGACUCCAGCGGCAAUUUCGAGUUCGCCUUCGCGGCGAGGGACCCGGAGGCGGAGCCUUCAAUCACUGCCGAUGAGAUCUUCUGCAACGGCCGCAUCCUCCCCUCUUACCCUGUCUUCGACCGUAACCUCCUCCUCUCGCCGGCGGCGGAGAUGGAACGGAGCUCCUCGUCGUCUGCUUCGUCUGAGGCGGAGGCGGUGGUGGGGGAGUACUGCGUGUGGUCUCGGGCGUCGGCGGAGCAGUGCAAGAAGAGCGCCUCCACGGGGUCGACAGCCCAGCGGGGGCGGCUUCGCGACCUGAUGGCGGGGCGGAGCCACAGCGAUGGGAAGGAGAAGUUUGUCUUCCUAGCGGCGGAUGAUAAAACUCGUAACCCUAACCCUAACCCUCAGGCGCAGGCGGCGGUGGCGACGAAGAAAGGGGAGAAGAAGGGGGCUCGGGCGACGGAGUUGGAUCUGGUCACCGCCCACCGGCUGUUUUACGGGAAGGGAAACGAGGAGAAGGUGAAGGGCGGGCGGCGGUCAUUCUUACCGUACCGGCAGGAGCUGUUCGGUUUGUUCACCAACGCGAACGGCCUCAGCCGGUCACGUCAUCCCUUCCAAAGAUAAAAUCUUCCAUUUUUUAUUUUUUUAAUUUUAUCUUUUCUUUUUUAAGAAAAUAAGUUUUACCAUUUCAUUUUGAUCAUCUGUUAUCCAAUGUAGAAAUGCGCCGCGGUUGGGCUGCUUUUUUUGCAUUUGUAAAGCUCUGGUGGUCUCAACAAAAAUGUUAAAAAAAAGAUCAAAACUUUGUCCUCCAGUUAUAAUUAAAAUGGCAUCGAUGUAGAUGAUAUUGGUA